CUCGCGCUGCUCAGCGGAACCCUAGACGCCGCCGGCCUCGGUCUCGUGGCCCCGGUUCCCGCCGGAGCUGCCGCGGUUUCCCAUCGCCUCCGGAUAUACGAUUCACCUCCUCCACUUCGACGGGGAGAUAGGCGAAGCCGGCUUGACUGCUCGUGCUGUAGGAGGGGGUUCCUAAGGUAGGAGCGGAGGACUCGGGGAGGCGGCUCGGAGGAAGACCUGAUCGCGGGCGAAUCGGACUGCAGCCAUUGUCACAGGAGUAGUGGAGAGAUUGGUGGCCAUGUCGCGGAGGAGUACCUCAACUGCUCAGGAUGUCGAUUCAACUGCUCCGGAUUUUGACUGCGAUGGUACAUGCUACAUCGCUGACAAUAGGUUGGAAACCUGGGAUGAUCCCACACCUAGAAACUCUGAAUUUAGUCUCGAGGACCUGCGUGAGGCAUGUGUUGCUGCUUUAGAGUGCCAGUUCAACAGCAGGGCCAAGUCACCAACUCGGGAGGAGAGGCUGAAGUAUAGAGAUGAGCACGAUCGCAACAGUUUGAUGAUAGCGCUGCAAGCAUAUGCCAAGAAAAAUAAUAUGCAGUCUACUGAUCUUGAAUUUGUGGAAGUUAAGCAAAGAAACCUUAUUGAUGAAUUUGGGAAAGGGUUUCUACACUUCAAUUUCUCAGUCAAAGACACAGAUGGUAAAUUUUCUAUUUUCUUUGCGGAAGUACACCCGAAUCUUAAGGAUGAGAAUGAUGUUUAUCUCUGCACGCCUUUGGAUGACAAGGAUUCGCAUCCAUCCAAAGAUCAUGACCAAGCUCACUGUUAUGGCUGUAAAGAUCGGGCCAAAGAUCUUGUACACCCCAGCAGUGGUGGCUUUUUGGGCGGUCACAAAGACUUUGGAUUUCCUUUCAUGGAGUUCGAGAGUGACGACGAGAGCAGCGAUGAAGAUGACUGAGGGGUUCUUGUUGUCCAUGUGUUCUUAGGUCUUAAUCUAUGCAAGGAAGAACAGUUCGGCCUCUGGUGAAGUGACAAGUUUCUGAAAAGCAACACUAUUAUGUGAAUGAUAUUUGUUCCAUUUUAUUCUUGUGAGGAAGUCUCUGGUUGUUGCCACUGCUGCAAGUCUGAGCAUCCGUGCAAGUAGUCUUAGCAUGAUGUGUGCUAUCCCAGUUUAUGCUAGAAAGAGAACUUGCUAGGGCAAUAGCUAUUCAAGUUGUUUGGUGUGCUCCACCCUACAUUGCUCUUGAUAGUCAACUGCGGCACAAGAUGGGGGACCGCAAUUAGCUGCC